UAUCUCGAGAUAUUUGUUUUAAGAUAAACCCCGCUAUCGCAGGUGAUAUACAUUUUGCCUAUGAGGCAACCAAGUCAAAAUUGUUUUUAAUAGAAUAAUGAAAGCCGACAAACACCUAUGCUUGUUAUACGUAUCGGCAUGUUUCGGGACUCUUGUCGUUUUUGUGGCAUCGAUGACAGCAUGGCUGUAUUGGGACAAAGCUUUGAACACGUGCCAGUACAACGAGCUGGAUUUGUCUCGUAAUUGCGGUUGCAUACUGUACUCUAAAUGGGGUGAUUCUUUCAUUAAAGGGGGUGAUGUGCGGAUUUGCUAUUUUGCCGUUCUUUCACCGGUGCCGAUAAUCAUUUGGACAGCGUUUUACGCCUUGUACCAUGGUUACAGAUCAUUCUGCACGACGACAAAAGUCAAAGUGACACUUAUUACUAAAAAUGGAGUUGAUGCAGUGAACACUCAACUUUGGUCGAGGCCAAUACUCAUAUUCGCCAUAAUCCUAUGCGUCCUUUCGUCCGUGCUUUUGUUUUCCGAGGGAGUAAUCGUAACGGACGGCUACUUAAAAACAUGCGACCAGUAUAAAAAAUCGCUUGUGAAAGAAUUGUCUGCGAGCGGGGCCCUUGCUAAGGCCAUACACGACAGGAUACCGUGUGAAGCGCUGUACGACUUUCUAGACUAUCUACAACCCGAUCCACCAACUUUAGAAGAUAAAUACAGAAGAGGUGCUUGGCGGAUACAGACAAAUAUAGUCUUAACGAUGUCCAUCUAUGGAUCGUGGGUUUGUUUUGUUAUACUAAUUUUUUUAACAGUUCUGAACAUCAGAUGUAUAAAAAUCCCAAGAAAAAGACCAAUCUUGAACACAAGCCUUUAAUUUUUAUUAUUUCUAGUGAAAAAGAUUGAUUUCUAAUCAUAUUUAAAUAUAUUUAAUAAAAAGUAAAGACAAUGGAAAAACAUGUAUUCAAGUAAUACAUUUAAAAAAACAUCUCUCUUAAAAAAAUAUACUUACAUUGAUCACCAUUA